AUGGACAUCGAGACUGGCAACGCUUCUACUGCGUCGGCAAGCCGUUAUGCGGACCGGGCUUCGGCUGGCGAGGAGAGUGGUGUGGAUGGCUCGUCCCGCCCGCCACCUACGGCAAACCGGCGUACGAAGAGCGGCGCCAAGAAGACGAGAUGGCGCGUUCUGACUACCAGCGAUGGCCUGUCGUCGCUGACCGUAGCGCGUGUCUUGGACGUGGGAGGGCCGCAAACGUCCUCACCCACCUCCACCAAGGCUUCAGAAGCCGCUGCCGGACGACCUAUGGCCGACAACAGCAACAGCGCCCCGAGCGCCCGUAAACAUGGCGGCGCGACAGGUGCAACGGAGGCCGACAAACACCUCCAAUUUCUGAUGGGGCUCAUCCCUGGAGCCCAAAAACCGGGCAACCUCGAAGAAAACCCGGCCCUGGUUGCACCUGCCGGAAAUGUCGUGCCGAAGUAUCGCACGACGCGUCCGCAAAGCGCCCAGCCGCUAGCACCUCCUACAGUGCACCACGAGUGCGCACCCAGCAGAAGGCGUCUCCGAAGGGGACCACGACCCCUCCUGAGACCGACGAAAUCGGGGUUUAGGAAGCCCACGAGGAAGCACACUGCCAGGACAGUCGUGCUAGCAGCAGCAGCAGCAGCAGCAGCAGCAGCAGAUGGCGCAACCACCGCCAACCGCUACAACUGCCUCCCUGACGCAACAGCGGAGGCAACCGACGCGGAGCAGCAGAAGAGGGCGCCACCUCCCCCACCGGUCGUCAUCUAG